AUGGCUGGCAAAUCUCCUGUCAUUCUCAUUCUCGGAUCCGGUCCCAAUAUCGGGCACCAUGUGGCUCGGACCUUUGCCGCAAAGGGCUACAAAGUUGCCCUAGCAUCUAGAAGCCUCAAGGAAGAAGAUAGUAAUGCGAACCAAGUCCAUAUUUCCGCCGACCUAUCGGAUCCUCAUUCUGUGAAGGGUAUCUUUUCGAAAGUCAAAGCAUCGCUCAAUCUGCCAAGCGUUGUUGUUUACAAUGUUGCCGCCGUGACUCCAAAUGAUCCAGCGGACCCUUUGUCUCUUCCCUUGUCUGACUUCAGUCGAGAUUUCAAUAUCAACACGACCAGUGCGUUUGUCGCUGCACAACAGGCGGCUUUAGGCUUCGAGCAACUUCCUGACUCUAGCUCCAAGACAUUCAUCUACACUGGUAAUAUACUCGACUCGACCACCAUUGCAAACCUCCUGGAUCUUGGUGUUGGUAAAUCCGCAACGGCCCACAUCAUCCGCUCUGCUGCUGCCGCGUACUCUAAUAAGGGCUUCAAAUUCUAUUAUGCUGAUGAACGGAGGACUGAUGGGGCUCCUGCAUACUCUGAGAUUGACGGAGAGGCGCAUGGGAAAUUCUAUGCCGAGCUCGCUGAACACGAGUUCCAGGGGCCUUGGAAACAGACUUUCGUCAAGGACAUGGGAUACAAGCUCUUCCCAUCCGCUUGA